AACAACCAGAACCGCGAAGCACCCAACAACAACGACGACUCCGGCAGCGAGUCCACUCCCAAUCGUCCGAGAGAGCCCCAGGCCGAAAGAGGCUCCUCCAGCUCCAACAGUUCCUCUUCCAACGUCCAUCGCCACAGAGCAGAUGCCGGGAUUUUUGAACGCUUCAUGGACAACUUCUUGGGAAUCCACCGCUACCAGCACAGAACAGGCCAGGAGGGUGACAUCGAGUCUGCCUCCGGAAAUACCCUCUCUGCAUCGACCUCCGAGACUCCGAAUGCAUCCAAUCCUUCCUCAGGAGAAACCACCAAUCCCAACACUUCAAGCGCAAACCCUGCCUCUGCAAAUCCUGCAGCGGGAAGCGCUUCUUCUGGAACCGAUUACGAUGAUCGUGCCAUAAUUAUCACCGUCAACUACGUCUUUUCUGACGAGAACAACCCUCAGGACCCCAACCGCACUGGUUCACUCAUAAUGUCACUUCCAAAUAACUCCUCCAACAGAGACCCUCGUGUGAUACAGGAGUUUAUCCGGUUGGCCACCCAAAUGGCAUAUUCUAGCAUUAUAAACGGGUUACACAAGGAGAAGGGGGUGACCUUGAGUAAAUUCAACUCUUUUCCUGGCGUGGAAGAGAAGGAUUUAGGCGAGGUCCAGAACUGCUCCAUUUGUUUCGAGAAGUUCGAGAAAUUGGUGGUUUCACCUGAGCCUUCAGACGACGAGGUUAUCACCAAGAAGAGGAGGACUGACAGUGGGCUGACGUCCACUGCUACCCUGGACAAUGAAAGAGAAGAUAGUUCAACCAACACCACGACAGACCCAAAGUACUUGGUAGACUAUCGUGGAACAUUCGAACACAUAGCCGUUAAAAUGCCAUGCAACCAUGUUUUUGGCAAAGACUGUUUGUUCGAAUGGCUCAAGCUGCACACCACCUGUCCCCUUUGCAGAAGCUCGGUCGCUGAACCUGGAAGUAACGAGGGUAAUGUGUCCACCUUUGACUUACCUGUCAAUGGGGUGGAAGGACUCUCGAAUUCCAAUUUGAGAGUUGUCAACAACGACACCACCCCAAUGUCAGGAAUAGACUCCUCGGGGCUCCGCAGAGUCUUGAGGUCGGGUUCUGCUCUACCAGAGGAAGAUGAAGGUGAAAACAAUGCCCUUUCCAGUAUAAUAGGAUACCUCAGAAGACAGAGAAAUGGUGUGACCCCACCAGAACCACUUUUUCCUACAGGAAUGUCAAGCAGAAGGACGGAGAGAGGAAUUGAGACUCGUAGCACGGAAGAUUCAAACGACGAGGUAUUGGAUUUCAUGAACUUA